GGGUGGAGGGGGUAGGAGGAGGGGCUGGCUACUGAGGAGACCCCACGGCCAUGGCUGCAGCCACUCGUGCCCGGGUCGCGCACUUGUUGAGGCAACUGCAGCGAGCAGCAUGCCAGUGCCCUACUCAUUCUCAUACUUACUCCCAAGCUCUUGGACUUGCACCUUCUGGGAAAACAACAGAUUAUGCCUUUGAGAUGGCCGUUUCAAAUAUUAGAUAUGGAGCAGGAGUUACAAAGGAAGUGGGAAUGGACCUACAAAAUAUGGGUGCUAAAAAUGUUUGUUUGAUGACAGACAAGAACCUCUCCCAGCUCCCUCCUGUACAAAUGGUUAUGGAUUCCCUAGUGAAGAAUGGCAUAAAUUUUAAGAUGUAUGAUAAUGUGAGAGUGGAACCAACUGAUAGAAGCUUCAUGGAAGCUAUUGAGUUUGCCAAAAAGGGAGUUUUUGAUGCCUACGUUGCUGUCGGUGGUGGCUCCACCAUGGACACCUGUAAAGCUGCUAAUCUGUAUGCAUCUAGCCCUCACUCUGAUUUCCUAGAUUAUGUCAAUGCCCCCAUUGGGAUGGGAAAGCCUGUGUCUGUGCCUCUUAAGCCUCUGAUUGCAGUCCCAACCACCUCAGGAACUGGGAGUGAAACUACAGGAGUUGCCAUCUUUGACUACGAACACUUGAAAGUAAAAACUGGCAUUGCUUCCAGAGCCAUCAAACCCACGCUGGGACUGAUUGAUCCUCUGCACACCCUGCACAUGCCUGACCGGGUGGUCGCCAACAGUGGCUUCGAUGUGCUUUGCCAUGCCCUGGAGUCCUACACUGCCCUUCCCUACCACAUGCGGAGCCCCUGCCCUUCAAAUCCCAUCACCCGGCCAGCAUACCAGGGCAGCAACCCAGUCAGUGAUAUUUGGGCUGUCCAUGCACUACGGAUCGUCGCUAAGUAUCUGAAGAGGGCUGUCAGAAAUCCUGAUGAUCUUGAAGCAAGGUCUAAUAUGCACUUGGCAAGUGCUUUUGCUGGCAUUGGCUUUGGAAAUGCUGGUGUUCAUCUGUGCCAUGGAAUGUCCUACCCAAUUUCAGGCUUAGUGAAGACAUACAAAGCAAAAGAUUAUAAUGUGGAUCACCCACUGGUGCCUCAUGGCCUUUCUGUGGUACUCACCUCCCCAGCAGUGUUCACUUUCACAGCACAGAUGUCUCCUGAACGGCACCUGGAAACGGCAGAAAUAUUGGGAGCUGACACCCGCACUGCCAGGAUCCCAGACGCUGGGCCUAUUUUGGCAGACACGCUCCGGAAAUUCUUAUUCGAUCUGGAUGUUGAUGAUGGCCUAGCUGCCAUUGGUUACUCCAAGGCUGAUAUCCCUGCGUUAGUGAAAGGAACGCUGCCCCAGGAAAGGGUCACCAAGCUUGCACCACGCCCUCAGUCAGAAGAGGACCUGUCUGCUCUGUUUGAAGCUUCAAUGAAACUGUAUUAAUUUUCAUUCUCACUGAAAGAAUUACCACUGGCCAUCACAGUCCUGACAACAGAAGCCAAACUAGCCAGAACUUUGUCUUUUUAUUUCCACACAUGACAUACCUGUUACCAAUCUGAAUGUGAUAAUAAGUUUAUCCUGCAGAAGAUUCCCUAUUGCUCAAAGUCAAAUACUUCUGUAAACAGUGGAAGAAUGCCCACUAUGUUGGACCUUGGGCUAGACAUCAGCAUUCGUGUUCCUGCCCCAAACCACACGGAUUUCAACUGCUCUAUUUAUAAAAUGGGCAAAAGCUCAGUAUCUAUCAAAAACAUAAAUGCACAUAUCCCGUGCCCAGUAAUCCCUAGUCUAGAAAUUGAGCCUAUAGAAAUAUGAGCACAAGUGUGUUAAGGAAGAUGGCAAGGAUGUUUCUGGCAGCACUCUAAUAAAAAAUCCGAAAGAACCUAAAUAUUCAUUAAUAGUAUACAGAUAAAUAAAUCAGAGUAUAUGAAGUAAUGGAAUAUUAUAGUGCUAUCAAUAAAAAUGAGAUAAACAUAUUGGAAAUAUGCCCAUGAUAUACUGUUAAGUUGGAAAAAAGCAGAACAAUUAAAUAUUUGCAUGGUCUGAUUUUCACUUUUUAAUUAUACAUAAGUAUUUGUCUAUAUAUAGGAAGAAGAAUGAUACACAUCAAAAUAACAAAAGUUAUCACUAGAGAAAUAGAAUUUGGGGUAUAGAAAAUUAAGAGAAAAUAUUCACCUUAUAUUUUAUACUUCCCCUUUUUAUUUUAUAAACAUCUGUAUUGUUUGGAUUUGUUAUAAGCACAUAUUUUCUCAUUUUAAAAGGACCAGAGAAAAGAGAGAAAUACCAUUUUAUUGUUUUAGGUCAGAUUCAUCUUAACUUAUGAAAAUACUAGUAACUAAUACUUAAAGAUUAAAGCAGAUCCAAAGAGGUAAAAUAUGAGAGACUGAUCCUGUAGUAAAUAAACAACGUUUUGUUUUGUU